UGUAUAUCUUCCUCUCAGAGUCAUUUCUGGCCAUUGGUUCCUUCAGUUUGCUCAGUCUGCGCUUUGCAUUGAUGCUCACCAUCUCAUGUUCUGGGUUCCCAGUUUUUACAGGAAAUGAAGAUCAAUGAUGGACGUUUUUCUCUGUCACGAAACCAAUGCUUCUUCUUAUUUUUGGUCAUUGGAGUUGUGUUUUUUUACUACUGCACAAACAUAAGGAACAUGGCACCUGAUUGGAACUUUAAAUGGUUGAUACAAAAUAAUUUGACAAAACUUUUCACAUUCAGGAAUGUUUCACUUGAUUGGAACCGCAAUUGGCAGACCCUAGAAACCCAGACGGCCCAACAGACAGCGGCUCCUUAUGUGUCUCCUGGACCGUACUUGGUGGAGUACCCCUAUGAGUACCACUUUACUAUCAACCAGGAACUGAAAUGUAAGCAGGAGAACCCGUUUGUGGUUCUGAUCGUACCAGUAGCACCACGCAACCGAGCUCAUCGCGACGUCAUCCGUAACAGCUGGGGAAGUGAGAAGCUGGUGAACAACCAAGUGGUGGCGCUGCUCUUCCUGCUGGGGAUGCAGACUGGAGACGAUGCAGAGCAAGUCCACCAGCAGCUGCUGCAGGAGAGCAACGAGCAUCACGACCUCAUCCAGGGAGACUUUGUGGACUGCUACAAGAACCUGACCAUAAAGACCAUGGUGAUGCUGGAGUGGCUGAACUCCUACUGCUCCAGCGCCGCUUACGCCAUGAAAAUCGAUUCAGACAUGUUUCUAAAUGUUCCCAAUCUGGUCAGCUUGCUCCUCAAGGCUCCAAGGACAAACUACAUGACCGGCCUGGUGGAACAUAGAGGACAAGUCUCCAGGGUUCCCACGUCCAGGUUCUAUGUGCCUGUGGAUCUGGUCAGCGAUGAUGUUUACCCUCCCUAUGCUUUGGGUCUGGGCUACAUUUUGUCUUUGGAUCUCACCAAAAAGCUCAUUGAGGCUUCCAGACACGUUAAAGCUCUUUACAUUGAAGAUGCAUAUUUGGGUUUAUGUAUGAGACACCUGGGGAUCCCUCCAACAGAUCCUCCAGGUUGGAACCUCUUCCACGUUUUUCCUAUAAAAUACAGUCGCUGUGAAUACUCAAAGAUUAUCGCCACCACAACUCUUCAACAGAUGGACCGUGUUUGGAUUUGGAGAGACUUUAAAAGGCCGGGUCGGUACUGUUGAUUGGUGAGAAACGUCCCAUGCUGAUGAUUCUAUAUUCCAUGAAACUUGGAUAUUAUGAA